UGUAACAGUAUUAUUGAAAGGAGAAACGACCAGGUCAGUGUCAGUGUUGGUGUUAUUGCGCCUGGAUAGCUCCGGGUUCCUGGCAUGCCAGCGGGCUCUUCUUCUGGCAGAUGGCUGAUGCAAAUCGUCCGGACGUGGCCGAGCGUGAACCCGGAGGAGACCUGGGCCCUCAAAGACCCGCUGGCAGUCUCAGGACCACAAGUGAAAAUGCAGGUCGUAAUCUGAAGGAGUGGUUGAAGGAGCAGUUCUGUGAUCAGCCAAUCGAGAACUGUCAGGACACCCGACUGCACGAUGCUGCCUACGUGGGAGACCUGCCAACCAUUCAAAAGCUGCUGCAAGAAGACAGCUUCCAAAGUCGCAUCAAUGAGAAAUCGGUGUGGUCUUGCGGUUGGUUGCCUUGUACACCCCUGCGGAUUGCUGCCACAGCCGGACAUGGACACUGUGUCGAAUUCCUGAUUCAGAAAGGAGCAGAAAUCGAUCUUGUGGAUGUGAAGGGACAAACUGCUCUCUAUGUAGCUGUCGUGCAUGGCCACCUAGAAUGUGUGCGCAUCCUUCUAGAAGCUGGAGCUGACCCCAAUGGGAGCCAUCACCACCGCAGCACACCUGUGUACCAUGCUGCCCGUGUGGGAAGAGCUGAUAUCCUGAGAGAACUAAUAAAAUAUGGUGCCAAUGUGGAUGUGAAUCACCACGUGACCUCAGCAACCUCUAGCCCUACCUUCAGACCACUGACAUGCCUGGUGGUUUGCCCUUUGUAUAUUAGCGCAGCCUAUCACAACCUUCAGUGCUUCAAGGUGCUGUUGGAAGCUGGAGCCAACCCAGAUUUUAAUUGCUGUGGUCCAGUAGACAUCCAGAAUUUCUCCAGAGGCUCUGCAGUGUGCAUAAUGGAUGCUGUCUUACGACACGGUUGCGACAAGGCCUUCGUCAGCCUCUUGAUUGACUUUGGUGCCAACCUGAAUCUGGUGAAAUGGGAGACCCUUGAAGAAGGAGCUCCAGGAAGGAUUAGAGUGAACUCAGAAGGCAUGCAGAUGUUCAAAGAAGCCAAAAGCUGUCCCAGGAGAUUGAUGUCCUUGUGCCGUGUGGCAGUGCGGAGAGGCCUUGGCAAGUGCCCACUGCAUCUAAUAUCUGCUCUUCCUCUUCCAGACCCUAUUAAGAAAUUUUUACUUCAUGAACAGUGAGAUUUACAUUUCUACAU